AUGAAGAAUUUUCAUAUCCUAAUAUCACUCAUUUUUCCUACCUUGUUUCUCUUCUCGUGCUCUGUAUCUCUUGUGCUAUCUUUUUCCCCUCCUCAUACUGAUCUUCAAAAUCAGUGCCUUGAUGAUCAGAAAUCUGCUUUGUUGCAAUUGCACCAUGAUCUGUACUAUGCCCCAAAUUUUACUUUCACUUCCAAAGCUGAGCUUUGGGAUCCCAACACUGAUUGUUGCUCUUGGAAAGGAAUUACAUGUGAUGCUCUGGGUCACGUGAUUGGGCUUGACCUCAGUUACAAAAACCUUUCCGGCAGCUUUCACUCCAUUUUCAAUCUCCAUUAUCUUCAACGCCUUAAUCUUGCUGGAAACAAUUUUAAUACAACUCUGUUUCAAUAUGAGUUUGAUAGAUUCCCAAAUUUAACUCAUCUCAACCUUUCAAACUCAUGUUUUCUUGGCCAAAUUCCAGUGGGGAUUUCAUACUUAACAAGGUUAGUCUCUCUUGAUCUAUCUCAUCAAGAUUUUUGCUAUCAACGGUAUAACCAAAUUCUCCAUCCAUACAACUACUUCUUCGACUACUAUCCACUACCUUUUGACCUUCAACAACCUCUGAAACUAGAAAACCCAAACUUCAAGACAUUAAUCCAAAAUUUAAGACCUCUUACGGAGCUCUACUUGGAUAGUGUGAACAUUUCAACUCAAAGUACUAAAUGGUGUGAAACCACCUCUGUAGUACUUCCUAACCUGCAUGUGUUAAGUUUGUUGAAUUGUGGUUUGACAGGUCCAUUUUGUUCUUCACUCUCAAGACUUCCUUUUCUUUCCAAACUUUUCCUUGAUGGGAAUUCGAUCUCUUAUUUGCCUCCCAAUUUCUUGGAAAUUUCCUCUCGUUUGGUUUCUCUCAGUUUAGUGGAUUGCAAUUUGAGUGGGCAUUUUCCAACAAAAAUUCUCAUGUUCCCAAAAAUAGAAAGUAUUGACAUUUCAAUUAAUUACGCUCUUGGAGGUCAGUUGCCAGAAUUUCCAUCAAACAAUGCUUUACGGAUCUUAACGAUUUCUUCUACAAAUUUCAGUGGAAAACUACCAGAAUCAAUUGGUAAUCUCAAGUUCUUGACAAAUUUAAAUCUUUUGGGUAGCAAUUUCUAUGGACAAAUUCCAUCUUCAAUUGCAAAUCUUACUAACCUUGUGGAACUGGAUCUAUCCUACAAUAAUUUCAGUGGUUUUAUCCCUGCAUUUCAUAGAUCUGGAGCCUUGGAUCUUAGUGAAAAUCAAUUGAUUGGUGAAAUUGGUGAGUUCCCCAACGCAUCUUCUUCAUUGAUUGAAGCAUUGUAUUUAGGCUACAAUAGCUUUAGCUCCGUGAAGCUUGACAUGUUCUCCCAACUCAAGAACUUAAGGGGUCUUGACCUUUCCAAUACGAGCUUAUCAAUUGAAAGCGACAUCACAAGCCUCGCUUUUCCCCAAUUAGAGAAGCUAUACCUAAGUUCAUGCAACUUUACUGAAUUUUCAGAAUUCAUCAAAACACAAGGCAAGUUGGCUUCUCUAGAUCUUUCUAACAACCAAAUCCAUGGUUUUGUGCCGAAUUGGUUGUGGAAGACCACUCUUUUGAGGUUAGACCUUUCUUUCAAUGCGAUUGAUUUUUCAAAAGAGUUUCCUUUUGGUGAUGCAAACUCCUCUUUUCCAAUGUUGAGUUACUUGGGUUUACGAUUCUGUAACCUAAGUAUGUUUCCAGAGUUUUUAAAGAGUCAAACUAGUUUAAAAAAUCUUGACCUUUCAAAUAACAAAAUAAGUGGUGUAGUACCAAACUGGGUGUGGAAGAAAAGUUUGCGGUAUCUGGAUCUUUCUAACAAUUCUCUCUCUUCUUUGGACCAAUUUUCACUAAACCAAUCUCUAACUUCUUCACAACGCUCUUUAUCAAGACCUAUUUGCAAUUUGAGUCAACUUGUGACCUUUAAUGCAUCCUUUAACAAAUUAAGCGGGCCAAUCCCAAGUUGCUUGGGCAAUAUCAGUUCUCUCAGCUCUUUGGAUCUACAAAAAAAUAAUUUCAGCGGCAGCCUACCAGAUUUUGCAAAAGCAACCCAAUUAUAUUGGCUACAGCUCAAUGACAAUAAAUUGGAAGGGAAGUUGCCAAGGUCAUUAGCCAAUUGCACAAUCCUUCAAGUUUUAAACCUUGGAAACAAUGCUUUGUACGACUCAUUCCCUUUGUGGUUGGGAAAAUUGCCUGCUUUGACGGUCCUUGUAUUGCAAGCAAAUAGGUUUUAUGGUCCAAUUAAACAUGUGAAAAAUUAUUUUCAAGACUUGGAUGUACUAGACAUUGCUUUCAAUAAUUUUUCUGGUCAAUUACCAACUGAAUUCUUUCAAGCCCCUCAACUAAGGUCACUCAAAAUUGGUGGGAAUAAACUGGAAGGAAAGUUGCCGAGGUCAUUAGCCAAUUGCAAAAAGCUUGAAGUUUUGGACGUUGGAAAAAAUAUGAUACAAGACACAUUUCCCUUUUGGUUGGUGAAAUUGCUUUCUUUAAAGGUUCUUGUACUAAGAGCAAAUAGAUUUUAUGGCCCGAUUAAAAUUUUUGAGGAUGAAAAUGCUUUUCGAGAGUUACACAUACUGGACCUUGCUUCUAAUAACUUUUCAGGUGAGUUACCUGUUGGAUUUUUUCAAUCUUUGAAGGCAAUGAAGAUGAUGAUUGAUGGCAACAAAGCUAAGCCAGAUUAUAUUGGAGAUGAUUACUACCAGGACUCUGUGACAAUUGUAACUAAAGGGUUAGAACUUUUUUACGAGAAAAUUUUAACCAUCUUUGUUUGUCUUGACCUUUCCAAUAAUAGUUUCCGUGGGAAAAUACCGGAAGAAAUACAAAACCUCAAGUCACUGAUAGUGCUAAACUUGUCCCAUAACGGCUUCCUUGGGCCAAUUCCUUUAGCACUUGGAAACUUAACUGAGCUUGAGUCGUUGGACCUCUCCCAGAACAAACUCUCCGGAAAGAUUCCUCUACAGCUUACAAGCCUAACUUUUCUUGCAGUAUUGAAUGUCUCUUACAACCAACUUGAGGGAAGCAUACCAGAGAGCUACCAAUUCAAUACAUUUUCAAGCGAUUCUUACAAAGGGAACCCAAGGUUGUGUGGGCCGCCUUUGACAAGGAAAUGCAAUGAAGUUGGUCUUGGAAUGCCACCCUCUAAGGAAGAUGGAGAUUCAUGGGUAGAAGGUAUAUCUGAUUGGAAAAUCGUAUUGAUUGGGUAUGGAUGUGGUUUGGUGAUUGGGUUAUCUGUUGGAUAUACAGUGCUGAAUGAAAUGGGAAACAAAUGGAUGGAUAGGUUUACAUGGAACCGGAAUCGAAAAUGGAGAAGAUCUUCUAGGUGACUUCAUCAGAAUUCAA